AUGCUUCCCAAUCCCAUUGCUACUACUGCUGCGAAUGCCAAGACCACUCCUCCUCACGGCGUCGAGUUCAUUAAGGGCGUCAAUGGCCUCGACAAGGUCGUCCUCCGUGAUCCGUGCGGCAGUGUCGCCGAGGUGGGUUCUAACAUUUGGUCAGCUGCAUUACUUGAUCUUCUGCACAUUGGGAUUUAUCUUGUCAGUGAUUACAGUUUCAUAAAAGUCUGCAUAUUGAAAUGCAUAAAAGCCAAAAAAAAGCCAUUUGCAGCCAUUGUUGGUGGUUCGAAGGUCUCAUCCAAGAUUGGAGUGAUCGAGUCACUGUUAGAGAAGGUUGAUUACUUAAUUCUUGGUGGAGGAAUGAUCUUCAUAUUUUACAAGGCACAGGGUAUCUCAGUGGGUUCAUCUCUGGUGGAAAAGGAUAAGCUAGAACUCGCUACAUCACUCAUUGCAAAGGCCAAGGCAAAGGGAGUGUCUCUUUUGCUACCCAUUGAUGUCAUAAUUGCAGACAAAUUUGCUCUUGAUGCAAACAACAAGAUUGUUCCAGCUUCAAGCAUCCCUGAUGGGUGGAUGGGAUUGGAUAUUGGACCAGACUCUAUUAAGACAUUCAAUGAUGCACUUGAUACCACUCAAACCAUCAUUUGGAACGGACCAAUGGGAGUGUUUGAGUUUGACAAGUUUGCAGUAGGAACAGAGGUAAGCAGUUGGCAUUCAUUUCUGUACAUAAACAUGUUCACUACUUAUAUAGGUUCUUAGUAAUGCCUAUUGUCUGGAUAGGGCUGACCUGAUCAAUCUCUUUCUCUACAGACAAGAUAGAACUUUAACGUACUUAUUUUUAUGAAACCAAAGUCUGGGCUGCCAAGUUUCCUGAUUAACUUUAGUUUUUUCCUGUUAUGUCCAAAUUAACAUUACCC